AUGACCUUUUCGAGCGUGCCCAAGAAGCUGACCAUCUUCACCGGACAGCGCAAUAUCGCCAUAUGCAAAGAAUACAUGGCCAUCGCAUACUCGCCGACCGAGAACCAAGGGCGUGACUCAGUGCGCCAUCUCUGCCGCGACGACAGCUGGUUCUGGGCUCCUGCGACAUUCCCGGGCUGUGAGACCCCAAUGGACUAUGCGGCCUCCCAUGCCGUCGUCAUGGAGAGCGUGGCCGACCUCCACAUAAUCCGGUUCGACCAGGUCUUUGCAAAGAACGGCCACGUCCUGCUCAGAUAUACCGCCCAAGGCAGUCAUUGCGGGAAGCCGUACAAGGGCAUACCGGCGUCCGGGAAGCAUGCCCAGUGGAGUGCAGCGGCCAUAUUCGAGGUGGAGGACGGGAGGAUCAAGAGUUUCACCAAGGACUGGGACCAAAAGACAAUGCAGAUUCAACUGGGAUGGGCGCCGGUCCAGGAGAGCACAGAUCCAAGAUGGAACGCCGAUGCAUUGGCGAAUCCAGAGCAGUCCAGAAUGCAGGAGGGAUAA